ACUGACGUAACAAUGGUCUCCAAAAGAUUGGGGAGAUAAAAAGAUUCAUUCAUGACUUGGCUACAAGCAGAGAUAGACAAUAUGCAGAUGUGAGGAGGAGACAUAACAGAAGACAUGAUGGAUCUCAUGAAUGAGGAGAUCAAGAUAAUUUCCAGGAAGCUGGAACUAGACCAGAAGUGGGAAAACGAGAUGGAGGAGAGAUGGGAAUGGAGUCAGGAGCAGGUGGAUAGAAUGGUGCACAAACUGCAGAAGGACAGAAUAAGGGAGAUGCACAGAAACGAGGAGAAGUGGCAAGAGCUUUACUUGCAGCGGGAGAGACAGUGGGAGGAGAGGGCACAAGAGCUGAGGAGGUCCUUGCUAGACUCUCAGGAACGUGAACAGGAGCUCUGGAGACUGAGAGAGGAGCACGAAGUGGCGCGAGUGGAACACGAGAAACUGAUGAGAAUGGAAAGGAGGGAUUGGAAGAGAUUAAUUGAAGAGCGUGAACAGGAGCUGUGGAGAUUGAGAGAAGAGCACGAAGUAGCGCUUGAGGAACACAAGAGGCGCCUGAAAAUGGAAAAGAAAGCUUCAAAGAGAUGCAUUGAAGAGCGCGAACAGGAGCUCUGGCGGUUGAGAGAGAAGCACGAAGUAGCGCGUGCGGAACACGAGAGUCAGCUGAGAAUGGAAAGGAAGAAGUGGAAGAGGUGCAUUGACGAGGUCGAGGAAAGGGCGAGAAAGUUGAGACAGAACAGACGUGGCUGGCUAGGAGAUGUUUUUCGAACCUAUGAAAGACGUGCGCAGAAUGCCAACGAGCAGAGAGUGGUUGAUAAUCAUCAGACAGAGGAUGAGAGCAGACAAGAGGUGUCGACGGAAAUUGGCCAGACGGCGAAAGUGUCCAAAGUGGGGAGAAAGCAAAAUCAAAAACAGUUCGCAAACACAAACGAAAAACAAAGUGUGGCCACAGUGAAGCGCUCAAGAACACCGCUCCGACCUGACGGUCAGAACACCGGGCAUAAGAAGAAGCCAAAUCCCAAAAGCCGUCUGAAGUCAAACGUGCAGAAGAAAGCUGACGAGGCACCUGGGACAGCACCAGCGCAACAGGACAAAAAUGAAGUGCCUGAGAGCAAGCAACAGCAACGCGUCAUAACCGUCAAACCAAAAACACCUGUUCAGGCAUAUGAGCAAGUGGAGCUGGAUGUGAAGCAAACCGAGAAUCUGGAGAUCUGCGAGGAAAAUGCAGCCCAGAGCAGUGGUGACAGUGCAUCACACACUUAUGAGGAGGAGAAAGAGAAGGAGGAAGAGGAGGACAAGGAGAAAGGGGAGGAGCAGAGGAGGGAGCAAAGUGACAACAAAAACAAGGACCCAAAUGAGAGGAGGAAGGAGAAGAUGGAUGAGAAUGAGGCAAGAGAGAAAAUGAUUGUGGAGAGGGAGAAUGAGAAGGAGGAGGAGGGGAAUAUGGAAAAUGAGAAAACCAAGAAGAAAGGCAAGAUGAAGCAAAAGGAGGAGAGGAGUGAGCAGCAGAGCGAGAAAAGCUCACCAGCCGCCGCUGACAACAGGGGACCUGAGGUUAUCAUUUUCAAACCCGGCCAGAAGUAUGGAGGAGGAGUGGAGGAGAGGAACGACGCUGACAACAGGUCGUUGGAGGACGAGGAGGAGAAGGAGAAGAACAAGGGUGUUAUGGGCAAGGUUUUUGGAUGGGCGAACAAAAAAGUGAAAAACUACUACGAGAAGAAAAUCGAGAGGACACACAGAAGAGAGAAGGAGGAGGGAAAGAGAUUCUAUCAGCCAAGUCACAAUGCGCCACUGAUUACCCGAGCGGAGAGAGAGCAGCAGAAGCGGCAUGACCUGGAGAAGCAGCAAAACAAAUGGCUAAGCGUAGAGACGCGAUGGAACAAGUGGCAGACGAAGAAGAAAGAGAAGAAGGAGGCGAAGAAGGCCAAACUGGAGGAGAAGGCCGACAGGGCAUGGGCCAAAGUCCUGGAGGAAAGGAAACAACUUCAAGAUUUAGAGGAGUACCAUCGAAGGCGCUACUUGAAGAAGAACAAGUGAGCUCAAAAAGAAGAGGAAGGAUUAUACAGGCAGCUGUUAGAACCUGUUGGGCAUUGCUGCUUGUCGCGCCUCCUCCGGUGCCCAUGGGUCAGCUGCAGGGUCAUCAGCCAGAAACCACCGUUCCCUAGGUGAAUGAUGAAUGGUGGCCUUGAGGGAGAAAUAAAGACUUGUAA